AUGCAGCUCGGCGGCGCCGCGCGGCAGUCCGCGCCGCCCGCCGGUCCGCGCCGCCCGCCCUGCAGACUGAAUGAGGAUGGAACUUCUGGAACUCCGUGGUACAUAGAAGGUGAUGCGGUGAAGAUGGCAUCUGAGGCCGCCGUCGCCCUGCUGUUGUUGGCCGCUCUCACACUCACGAGUGCUGACCGCCACAUCAACACGACCUUUGGUAUGACAAACGUUUCUUACGUCAAGGACACUGAAAAAUACUACACACUCGAUAAGUACCGUCGCUACAAACGUGAGUCGCACUCGCUGAUAGGACCAUUCGAUAUAUCGAAACUAUUUAGGAAAAACAGUCAUCUCAAGCGAGAAGAAGCGCAUCCUCGCGCUUCGUCCUCCCCGUUCAGAGAUACGCUUACAGUUCAUGAAAAAGCGAUUGCAUUGACUGCUCCGAGAGACAUUACAGACGAGCCACCUGGUACAUUCCUUACUACUACUGGAAGGGCGAUAACUGCAAACGUCUCCAGUGCCGUAACUACUGCUCGAUAUGAAUUCAAUGUCACUAACAGCGUUAACCGUGUAAUAUCAACAAAUAGUAAUUCUAUAAAAAAUAUAACUAGAAGUGGAAAGCCGAUAGAAACAACUGGUAGAAAAAAUAGACCAAAAUCAAGAAACAAAAUAUCGAGGAAGUCUAAGAGUGUUUCGAACAAUAAAAUGCAAGCAAGCAACGUGACAGAAGACUUGCGUGUCGUUAACAAGAAGAAAGCAGAGAACGAGAGCAUCUGGCCGGUGAAGCACGCCGCCGUCCUCGAGGGAGACAUCAUACUCGGCGGCCUGAUGAUGGUGCACGGCCGGGCGAGCGGCAACAGCGGCGCGGGCGCGGCGCGCUGCGGGCCGCUCAUGGCGCAGGGCGGCGUGCAGGCGCUGGAGGCCAUGCUGUUCGCGCUGGACGCGGCGCAGCGUGACAAACUUGCGCCGCCCGGGGUACGCCUCGGCGCGCUCGUGCUCGACGACUGCGACAGCGACACGCGCGGCCUCGAGAUGGCGCUCGACUUCAUUAAGGGAUCGAUCAGCAACAUUGAUGAUGAGGAAUACGCAUGCAACGCGACAGCUGUGCGAAAAGUAAUUUCGGGAGUUGUAGGCGCUGCUUCUUCUGUCACUUCUGUACAAGUUGCCAACCUCCUGCGUUUGUUUAAAAUUCCUCAGGUAUCUUUCUUCUCGACGUCUCCGGAGCUUUCGAACAAGGCUCGGUUCGAAUACUUCACUCGAACAAUACCUUCCGAUCUCCAUCAAGUACGAGCCAUGGUUGAAAUUGUUAAGAAAUUCGGCUGGCGUUAUGUUUCCAUCAUUUACGAGGAAUCCAACUAUGGUAUAAAGGCUUUUGAAGAAUUGGAAACUCUUCUCCUACGCGACGAUAUCUGUAUAGCGGUCAAAGAACGGCUCACGAAAGACUCUGGUGCAGCGGACGAACUAGCAUACGAUGCUAUCGUGGAACGCUUACUGUCACGAUCGCGAGCCCGAGGUGUGAUCGUGUUCGGGUCUGACCAGGAGGUGGCGGGGGUGAUGGCAGCAGUGCACCGGAAAGGCGCAGCGCGUGUAUUCAGCUGGGUGGGGUCGGAUGGAUGGAGCGCGCGCGCGCUGGUAGCCGAUGGUAACGAGCCCGUAGUCGAGGGCACCAUCAGCAUUCAGCCUCAGGCCAACCCUGUGCGCGGCUUCCGAGACUACUUCUUCACGCUCACACCAGAGAACAACCUUAGGAACCCCUGGUUUGUCGAGUUCUGGGAGGAACAGUUUCGUUGUCGCUACCCGGGCAGCCCACGCACGCGUCACAACGUCGACUACUCGCCGUGCACCGGGCGGGAGCGAUUGUCUGCAGAAAAUACCGAGUUUGAAGCGCAGCUCCAGUUUGUUGCUGACGCUGUUUGGGCGUUUGUUUACGCUAUCAGGGACAUGCAUCGGGAUCUGUGCGGCGAAAAGCCUGGUUUGUGCGAGGCGAUGAGACCGGUGAGCGGCCCGACGCUAUUGCGGUAUCUACGACAAGUGCGCUUCACAGGUCUCAGUGGCGAUGAGUUUCACUUCGACGCGUUCGGCGACGGGCCGGCGCGCUACAACAUCCUGCACUUCAAACAAGUGACGCGCGGAGUGUACCGCUGGCUGCGCGUCGGGCGCUACCUCGAUGGCGUGCUGCACCUAGAUAUGGACGCGAUACAGUUCAAAUGGGAAGAGCCGCACCACCCCGAGUCGGUGUGCAGCGCCGAGUGCGAGUUGGGUCAGGCCAAGCAGUACGUCGAGGGCGAGAGCUGCUGCUGGCACUGCUUCAACUGCACGCAGUACGAGAUACGCUCUCCGACGUCGGAGACGGCGUGCGUGGAGUGCGCGCGCGGCACGCUGCCGGACUCCAAGCGCCUGCAGUGCGCGCCCGUCCCGGAGCUCUACCUGCACCCGACCACGCCGGCGGCGAUCGGCGCCAUGGCGUUUUCCUCCCUAGGGAUCCUGCUCACUAUGCUGGUGGGCGGCGUGUGGCUGGCGCGGCGCGGCACGCCGGUGGUGCGCGCCAGCGGCCGCGAGCUGUCCUUCGUGCUGCUCGCCGGCAUCCUCAUGUGCUACCUCGUCACCUUCGCGCUCGUCCUGCGCCCCACCGACUUCCUCUGCUCGCUGCAGCGGUUUGGAACCGGGUUUUGUUUUACUGUCAUUUACGCGGCUCUCUUGACGAAAACGAACAGGAUAGCGCGCAUAUUCGACGCCAGCAAGCACUCCGCUCGCCGUCCUUCGCUGAUAUCUCCCAAGUCGCAACUACUCAUUUGUUCCGUCUUAGUGUCAAUACAGAUAGUGAUCGUGGUAGUGUGGCAGCUGGCGUCGCCCGCGCGCGCCAUCCACCACUACCCGACGCGCGAGGACAACAUGCUGGUGUGCGACUCCUACGUGGACGCGUCCUACACCAUCGCCUUCUUCUACCCCGUCGUGCUCAUCGUCGUGUGCACCGUGUACGCCGUGCUCACCAGGAAGAUCCCUGAGGCUUUCAAUGAGAGCAAGCACAUAGGCUUCACGAUGUACACCACGUGCGUCAUAUGGCUCGCGUUCGUGCCUCUAUAUUUCGGCACGGCCAGCCACGUUCCACUGCGAGUCACCAGUAUGGCAGUAACGAUAUCUUUGAGUGCUAGUGUCACUCUGGCCUGUUUAUUUGCUCCUAAGAUGUACAUAAUCCUCAUCCGGCCGGAGCGCAACGUGCGCGGCCAGCUGCUGGCGGCGCGCUGGCGCGGCGGCACCGCGCCGGGCGCCGUGUGCGCCGCGCUGGUGGGCGCCGCGCCGCUGCCGCGCGCCGCCGCCACGCCCUCCACCGACCUGUCCACGCUCGACGUCACCGAGCGCUCGACGUCUACAGACAGACAAGUACAAACCGAGGAUUUGUGUCCGACCCCGAAUACAGAAGUUGUUGAACGUAACGGACUUUGCUUAGACCCAAAGAAGCUGGCGGAGCUGGGUGGAGGUCUGCCAUCUUUUGAGGAAACCAACGGGACCGCCCUACGGCGGCGCGCCGCGGCAGAGCCCGCCGUGCGGGUGGCCGUGGCGGUGGUGGGCGCGCGGCCGGCUUUAUAG